UUGCCCGUGGCUGUUAUACCGUGUGUUCUUAAAUAGACCUUUGCUUGGCCGUUUCUACCUUUUCUCCCAAAUAUUAUCCAGUGUGACGCUUAGUAAGCCCACAAAGGUCUGCCGAGAGAGCAUAAGAUUUAAACGGGAGUGUACGAAUCGGUCGAACGAACGAAGUACAAUCGAUAUUUCAGCUUUCCCUGCCAAUGCUAAGACUCAUCAAGAAUGCCGACCGCAUGGAGGUUUGAUGGUACGGAAUGCUAUGUUAAGCCCACAUGCGAUCGUCGAGCGGACGCGGCAUCAUCGAAAGACUGUCUGCUCUGACAUUCCGUCCGAGGACCUUUGAACCCGGUACACGCGUGUCUAGCUAUCCAAUAUUAACUGAAGCACCUGCCUCGAGUUUUGUAUUUGGGGAUUCUUUAAACUUGGAGUGGUGGAAGCUGAGGGUGAAGAGCUUACUGGUCUCGCUUGAUGAAUGAUCUAUGUUCGAAGUAGCUAUAGCUUCUAGAUACCGAGCAACAAUGCAGCACUGUGUUGACUCGGUUUUGUUAUUAUUGUUACUACUACUGUUGCUACUAUCUUCCGCUACAAGAGAUGCUUUCGCGGCACGUGGCAUUAAGCACCAACUCAAGCAAGGUCAAUAUGGUAUGAGCAAAAGCUUGAAGAACGGCGGUCUUUUCCCACCCGUGUUUAACGUUGCCGCAAAGGCGGAGAUCCGAGUAAAUGCAACUUGCGGCGAAGAUGGGCCGGAGACCUUUUGUAAACCCGCGGAAUCUUUGCAUUGUGCCAUAUGCGAUUCUCGUAGCCCAGAUCCUAAUAAGCGACAUAAUGUUAACCACGCGCUUGACUCGAGCCCAGGUCGUUGGUGGCAAAGCCCAACACUCGCCCGUGGCGACGAAUAUGAGUACGUGACGAUCGAUCUCGAGCUUAAACAGAUAUAUCAAAUAGAGUACGUUAUUAUAAAGGCUGCUAAUUCACCAAGGCCAGCAGCCUGGAUUUUAGAAAGAUCAAUUGAUGGAGAAUAUUUUCAAACAUGGCAAUAUUAUGCACCAAAUGAUGAAGAAUGUUGGACACGUUAUUCAACGCCCCCUGUUCUUGGAAAACCAAUGUACAUUCAAGAUGAUGAAGUUAUUUGCACUAGUUUUUAUUCGCGUCAAACUCCGAUGGAAAAUGGAGAGAUUCACACGCAACUUUUGAAUGGACGCCCAGGUGCAUUAAACCACACGCUAGCGAUUCAAGAUUUUACUCAGGCUCGAUUUGUUAGACUGCGCUUUCAGGGUCUUCGAAAAAGAGGCGAAGCUAUUGUUGACAAAAGGCGAGCUUUUUAUUCGAUUCGUGAGAUCAAUAUUGGCGGAAGAUGUCUAUGUUCUGGACACUCAUCCCGAUGUAAAUUCAACGAACUUCAAAAGCGUGAAGAGUGUGAGUGCGAACGACACACGUGUGGGGAAAUGUGUGAAAAAUGCUGUCCAAUAUAUAAUCAGAUUCCAUGGAAAUCUGGUGUUUCGAGUAAAGGCUUCCAUUGUGAAAAAUGCAAUUGCAAUGGACAUGCAAUUUCUUGUCGAUAUGACUCUGAAGUUGCAGAAAGAAAACUUUCAAUGGACAUCCGCGGAAAAUACAGAGGAGGCGGUGUGUGUUUGAAUUGCACGGGUUAUACAACUGGAAUAAAUUGUGAAAAAUGUGAAACAGGUUACUAUAGACCUAAUGGAGUUUUACCCAAUGAUUUUGAACCUUGUAUACCAUGUGAAUGUCACACGCGUGGAAGUACUGGCGUUUGCAUAUCCGACGAUUCUUACAAUAAUUUGGGAAAGAUUUCGACCCUGGUCGGCUGGCAAGUUAGCGACAUAAACGCAUUUCGAGCUGUAUCACCGAGUUUGCAAGGCGAACAUGGAUGGCCAACGAUAGCCUCCUUCGAAGUGGAAUAUCGGAGCCCUUACUGGCUCGCACCCAAAAUCUACACCGGAAAUCAUCUAUCCUCGUACGGAAGUAAUCUCACUUUUAUGGUUAGCUGGAUCGUCAUGCGUGGAGACACGAGUGGACGACCAACUUCUGAGCCUGAUGUUGUACUUAUCGCUGAGAUCUCCGUGCCGAUUCAGGAACAAGGUUGGUUUCACGUUCUAGUGAGGUCUCAAACUAUCGAUAAUUUAACAAGAUUCCGCAGGACAGAUUAUAGAGGUGAUCCUGUUACACGUCAGCAAAUGUUAGAGAUCAUUGCUGAUAUCAAAUAUGUACUCAUUAGGGCCCAAUACCAUACAGAACAAAUUGAGGGGAGUUUAAAAACGGCUGUUUUACCAAUUGGUGAAAUAUCAAUGGAGAAUGGUAAAAGGAGCGUUGUUGAGAAUUGUUCAUGCCCAAUUGGAUAUAUAGGUCUCUCUUGUGAAUCAUGUGACUGGGGAUAUGUCAAAGUUCAAAUAAACUCCUCGGACCAUCAGAAUCAUCAUAAAUGCAUAAAAUGUGAUUGUAACAAUCAUGCCGGCUCUUGUGAUCUUAUAAUGGGCGAAUGCGGUAUAUGUGAGCACUACACCAUUGGACCAAAAUGCGAUCGUUGUAUUGCCGGUUACUAUGGUGACGCCACUAAAGGAACGCCUGGUGAUUGUUUAAAGUGCGCUUGUCCAUUGGAUAUUUCUUCAAAUAACUUUAGCCCGAAUUGUCAGAUUGAUAAUUCUUAUAAUUUGCAAAACAAUUAUGUAUGCACACAAUGUCCUUCGGGAUAUACUGGCGAUCAUUGUGAAAUGUGCGAUGUGGGUUUUUUUGGAAAUCCCCUUAUUCCGGGAAAAACAUGUGAGCCUUGUCUAUGUUAUGGAGGACCCUGUAAUCAAGAAACUGGUCAAUGUCUAGAAUGUCGAGGGAAUACAGAAGGUUGGAAGUGUGAAAAAUGCAAAGAAGCUUACUUUGGUAAUCCGGCAGAGCUAAAUUGCAUGCCCUGCAAUUGUAAUCCUGUGGGUAGUACAUCUAGAAACUGCGAACCUCGAACCGGCCAAUGCUACUGUCUCCCAACGUUUGACAGUCGCGACUGUUCACUUUGCAUCCAAGGUUACGGCAACGUUACAGCGGGCUGCGUUGAGUGUGAUUGUAGUGUUGGUGCAGCCGACGGCCAAUGCGAUUCUAUAACUGGACUUUGCGACUGCAGUCCUGGAACCAUCGGAAAUCGCUGUGAUCAGUGCGAUCUCGACCACUAUGGCCUUUCCUCUGACGGCUGUUCCGACCUGAAUCAAGUUAAUCGUGUCCUAUCCCUUAGGGGCGAAACUCAAAAGGAAUAUGAUACCGCUUCUAUAAAGCCAAAGGCUUACAUCUACUUAAAACCUCAACUAAAGAUGCAGAUCGGGGUCCAUCAGAAAUUCUGCGGAUGCAAUGUUUUAGGAGCAACGUCUUCUUCCUGUGAUAUUAUUACCGGAAACUGUUUAUGCAAAGUAAAUGUUAUCGGUAAACAAUGUGACAAAUGCUUACCGGAUUAUUGGGGUUUGACCACUGGAGCUGGAUGUACUCCUUGCGAGUGUGACUCUUUGGGUUCAUACGGCAAGUCUUGUUAUGAUCUCACGGGGCAAUGCAAUUGUAAACCUGGGAUUGGUGGUCUACAUUGUGAUUCCUGUCUUUCAGGAUAUUUUGGAUUUUCUCAUAAUGGCUGUCAACGAUGUGAGCCAUGCGAUCGACCAGGGCAUGUAUGCAAUCCAAAGAACGGACGUUGCUCUUGCCCGAGCCUGACCUUGGGCGAGCGCUGCGAUCGAUGUCGACCAGGUACCUACGAUCUGCGCCCGGGCCUAGGCUGUCGAGCUUGUAACUGUAGUACUUUGGGCUCGAAAAAGCAACAGUGUUUCCAACUCGAUGGUCAGUGUCCCUGCCAUGAGGGCUUUAAUGGUCGAAGAUGCGAUCGCUGUGCACCUGGACACUAUGAUUACCCUCGCUGCAAGCCCUGCAAUUGUGAUCCUCGGGGCUCACUCGGCGAGUGUAAUGAUAAGGGUCAAUGUCCUUGCAAGUUUAACGUAAUUGGACAACGCUGCAAUCAAUGCAAGAUGGGAACAUUUGGACUCUCAGCCAAUAAUUCAAAAGGAUGCACCGAAUGCUUUUGCUUCGGCAGAACUAGUAUAUGUCAACAAGCUAAUCUCAGUUGGGGACAACGAAGACUACUAAGACCUCGUGUUAUUUACAUGAAUGAUACUAUUACCGAUGCUGUUAUUACCAAUUAUGGAUCUUCAGCAAAUUUACCAUCCAUUAUCAGCAAAUUAAAUAAAAUAAAUACACUUUCUGUUAUUCCUGGAACAGAUGGAAAUGUAACUUUACCCAUAAUUUUUAAUCGUGAGUUUCCUAUUUAUUGGGAACUACCUGAAUCCUUUUUUAAAGACAAAAUUAUAUCAUAUAAUGGAUUCCUUCGAUUUACAACGAUAACCGAAGGUGGAUAUAUAUUACGAUCGGGACUCAAAUUUCCUCAAGUUCAGUUACAGGGUAAUGGAAUUAUUUUAGAAUAUUUUCCACUUAAAGCAAAUAAUGAUAGUUACUACAUUGCAAGGUUUCAUGAAUCGUUGUGGCAUUUGAAAAACAAACCAGAUUUUAAAAUUACCAGAGAAAUUUUAAUGAUAGUUUUGCAACAAAUACAACAUAUUUUUGUGAAAGUAUCUGACUUUACAAACUUUACAAAAGCAAUUUUAUUAGAAGCGUCAAUGGACGCUGCUGUUCCAACAGCUAUUCAUUCGCCUCCACUCGCCAUCGGUAUCGAACAAUGUGACUGUCCUGAAGAAUAUAAUGGUACAUCAUGUCAGAACCCUAGUUGGGGAUACUAUAGAUGGCACAAUAAUAACAACACAAAUACAAAUAACUACAUUGAGCUUGUAGGCCUCGCGAAGCCCUGUCAAUGUAAUGGAAGAACUGAAAUCUGUGAUCUCGAAACGGGACAUUGCCUGAACUGCAGAGAAAAUACAGCUGGCUUUGGCUGUGACAUAUGUGCAGAAAGUUUCUAUGGCGAUCCAAAUUUUAGUAGUUGCAAGGAAUGCCCAUGCCCGCAAACUGAUAAAAAAUUUUCAAAUAGUUGUAUUGUAGAAUCAGAUAAUGAAAUCACUUGUAUAUGUAAAUUAGGCUAUACCGGGACACGUUGUGAGCGUUGCGCUUACGGUCACUACGGCUUUCCAACAAUACCUGGAGGUACUUGCACGCCUUGUCGUUGCAACACCGCAGGUAGUGCGAGCGACGAAUGCGAUAUCGAGACCGGGCAGUGUAAUUGCAAGCCCGGAUCAACGGGUCGGGAUUGUUCCCAAUGUACUCAAAAGCGACACGUUUUUAUCGGCAUUAACUGCAUGUCAUGCAACGACAAUUGCACUGGACUACUUUUGGAUGAUAUAAAAGAGCUGAAAUAUAAAUUGAUUAAUGCAACAACACAUGUUUUCAAUGGUUACAUUGCACCUCCUUGGGAAGAACUGGCUUACUACGACGAUAAUAUUACAAUUUUAUUUAAAGAAGUCGAAAUGAAAAUUCAAAUUGAGAAAAAAUUAAAAAAUAUGCCUUGGGAAAAUUAUGAUUUUCUUUCCAAAAGUGUUGGAACUUUAUUAACUAAUACAAUCGAGAUGACAAAUGAGGCACGAAUUAUAGAGUGGCAAAGCGGUGAUAUAGAAAAUAAUGAAUAUAGUUUGAAAAUGGAAAUUGAAUCAUUACAAAAAGCGUUAAAUGAUACUGUUUCUGGACUCAUAUACUAUGAAAACGACGAUAAAAAAGUUGAAAUUACAAAGACUUUUAAAGAAACGAAGCAGAUUUUAAAUAAUAUGAAAUUUCUUGAUUUACCAAAAAGAACGGAGGUUGCUCAAAAUUUUAAUAAAGAAUGCUCAAAAUUUUUGGAUUGGUUUAAUGAACUACUUAUAUCAAUGGAACCCAUUACAAAAGUCAAAGAAGAAGGUAAAAAAUAUUCGCUUAAAUUAAAAGAUACGAUGAACAAUAUAGAAAACACAAUGGAAACGAUGUUUUCCUACGAUACCUUAUAUAAUGAAAUAAAUAUGACUUAUGAUAUUUUGUCAUAUCAACGAGAGGAAAUUACCGAAAUAAACACUACAAUUAUGGAAUCGAUUAAUAAAGAAACAAUUCUUAUUGAUGAAGCAAGAAGUUGUAUUAUUAAUAAUGAAACUAUAAUUCAUGCACAAAGUCUCUCUGAUUAUGUAGAUCAAUACGUUGGAUUAUUUUCGGAAACUAGAGCUCAAGCAGCUAAUCCUCUUAAAGCAAGUCAAGCAUAUAAAAAUAUUGUCCAAGGAUUAAUAGAAGCAAAACAAACUGCUAACAGUGCAAACAAAAUUAUUGAUGAUGUAACUAAAAUGGUAUAUUCCAAUGGUCCUAAUUCAAAUUUAUUACCAGAUAUUGCUUUUGGUGUUGAAAUAAGAUCAUCUGAACAAUUAGAAAUGACAAAAAAUUAUGAUCGACCAAUCACACAAGCAAAAAAUCAAUUAGAAAAUCAAAAGCAAUCAGUCUCGGAGUUAAAAUAUUCUUUAAACACUACAGGAAACAAGGACAAUCAAAUUAAUGUAAAAUUACGAGAACUGCAAAGUGGCAGUCGUAACUUACAAACAAGAUUAAAUGACAUUUUAAAUGAAAAUAUAGAAACUGACAGUUCUAUUUUCGAAACAAAACAACUCAUUGAAAGGUACCAGCAAGGUAUUAAAGAGAUUUUAAAUCCAAAAUUUCUAGAAUUGAAACGUGAAGGUGAUUCAAAAAUAAGUCUUGCUAGUGAAAAACUUGCAGAAGCCCAAAGCAACAUUAAAUGGGCAGAUGCAAAACUGACAAGUUUGGCACUUGCAUCGAUAAAGCGUCAAACAGAAUUUGAUAAGUGGAAUGGAACUUUAGCUUCUAAAUUACAAAUUUUAAAAGAUAAAAUCAAUGAAGCAAGAAAUACAGCAGAUGGCAUUCGUAUUUCCGUAAAAUCUGCAGAAGGAAAAAAAUGUAUAAGAUCUUAUAGAAUAAAAGAUAUACAACCAUCUUCAAUUACAACAUUAAUGAUGACUAUUUCUAUUCCUCAUAAUGAAAAAGAAGGCAUAUUAUUUUACCUUGCUAGUAUUAUAAAUGAUGACUAUGUUGCACUGGAAAUGUUUGAACGUAAAAUAAGAUUCAUUUGGAACAUUGGUGGUGGUACUGGUAUAAUAACGCAUCCUGAGAUCCUCAAAGGUGGAAAUCCUGAAGACGACACAUUAUGGUAUCGAAUCAAUGCAGAAAGAAUUAAACAUAUAGGAAAACUCAGUGUAAGCAAGCAGUUAACAAAAUCCAAUGAGUACUCGCCAGUGAGUAAUAAAACUAGUUCUGAAUUUGGACGUUUCGAUAUAUCUUCAGUGGAUCACGUAUGGCUCGGAGGCUUAGCAGAAUUAAAAAUGAGACCACCUGAGUUAAUUGCUUCUAAUGGCCUACCAAGUUGUAUACAUCAAGUUAUAUUAAAUGAUAAGCCGUUGGGACUCUGGAAUUUUAUAAGUAAUGCUCCUGAUAAUGCUUGCGAGCCCUGCGUAGAAGGAGUGGAAAGUCUGAAUAACGAUGUUGCUUAUAGUUUUAAUGGUGAUGGUUAUGCAGUAAGAACUCGUGUAAUGUCGGGUCCGUAUAAUAAAUAUAUUUUUGGAGUAUCAAUUAAUUUCAAAACUUUUGAUGAAAAUGCGAUACUUUUUCUUGCUAUUGAUCCUGACAAUCCAAACAGUUAUAUCAUUAUUUUUCUACGAGAAGGUCAUGUAAUUUUACACAUUGUUUAUGGUAAUAAUAUCAGUAUGGAGAUGUCCUCAUCAUUUCGUUAUAAUACUGGUAAUUGGACAAAGAUCGAUGCAUUUCGACAGUAUCAAGAUCGCAAAAAUACUGAAAAGUGCAGUUUCAGUGUUAAUGGAGAAAACGACAAAAAGAUUGGUGCUCCUACACCUCAGCCUCUAAAAGAAGACAUACCUGAUCUAUCGAACGCCAAAUACUUCAUAGGGGGUGUGCCUCCAACUUUUCGAAUAGACGGUUUUGUUCUUCCAACGGAGAUAUCAUUUCUGGGAUGUAUGUCCAAUAUCGUUGUACAAGAGGGCUAUGAUCCAAUGGCUGAGCAAUAUUAUGGUGUUGAGCUAGGUUGUAGAAAUAAACCUAUGCAUAUAGUUGGCUUUUAUGGAAAUGGAUAUAUAGAACAUGCAGGCUUUCAACUUCGUAAAAUAUCAUCUUCCAUCAGCUUUUCUUUUAGAACAUUACAAAAUAAUUCUAUGCUAUUACUGUCAUUUUCAAUUAAUUACAAUUAUUAUUCUAUAGCUGUAAUAGAAGGACGCAUACAAGUUCGUCUCAACAAUGGUAAAGGAGAAAUUAUUCUUGAAUCGAAUAGUACUUUUAAUGACGGAAAAUACCAUAUAAUUAUAAUCUCUAAAAAGAGAAAAGAUGUAGAACUAAGAAUUGACGAUGCUUAUCAAACAAGCAAAAAACUUGCAACAGGUGCAGCAAUUAAAGCACCAGAAUCGAGUGGACUUUAUUUUGGUGGACUUCCUUCUUUAAUCAACAAUACAAAAUUAGUAUCUACUAAUAUACCUUUGAAAGGAACUAUUAAAGAUGUUAUAUUUGAUGAAGACACAAUCCUAAGAUUUGAAAAUGCUAUAACGUUUGAGCAUGCAUUUAUUGGUCGAAGGGGUCCUCAUAUGGGUAAGGAUUCUCUUACUUACUUAUUAUCAGCUUCAUCUAGAAGACUCUCCAUUCAACCAGAAGGAUGUCAAAAAAUUCCCUAUUAUUCAUUGGAACCCGGUGCACUCAAGUUUGGUGAUAAACCACAAAGCCAUACUCAACUGUACUUAAAUUUUGAAAAUUUUUGGUUUCAAAAAAAAAUCAUCGAAUUUGAUUUUCGAACAUAUUACCCUAAUGGUUUAUUAUUUAUAACACCGGGUAUUCGUAUAAAAAACUACCUAGCAGUUAUAAUUCGAGACGGACAACUAUUGCUUCUAAUAAAAAGUAAACAAAAAAAGGAAAUUUUAUUUAGAACACCUUUCAAUGAUGGUAACUGGCACCAUGUUACAAUUGGGCACGGAGGCAGGAAGCUUACAAUGAUUGUUGAUACGCAAACUCCUAUAACCAUUAAAGUGCCAAAAAAAAUCGGAUUAACAAAUGUCAUGUAUAUUGGUGGUAUACCUGAAAGUGGAACACCUCUUCCAGAACAAGUUGUUACUAAAGUUGAAACUCUCAAAGGUUGUAUUAGAAGUUUAAAAGUCAAUGGAAACGUUUAUGAUAUGGUUGGUUCCACUAGUCGUCCUUAUAAUGUUGGCCAAUGCUUUCCUAAUAUAGAAGGUGGAGCAUAUUUUCAAGAUGAAGCAUAUGCAAUCUACAAAAAGAACUUUGAACUUGGUCCAAUUCUAGAAUUACAAUUGGAAUUCCGUACAUCAGAAUUAACAGGUAUACUUUUAUCCAUAACAACACCUGAAGGCUCACAAUCGUUAUCAUUAGAAUUACAUAACGGCAGAAUCAUUAUGUCUAGUGAUUUUGGUUAUAAUCAAGCCCUUUAUGUAGAACAAGAAUUCAGUAAUCCUUACACAAUCUGUGAUAAUAAAUGGCAUAGAAUUCAAGCAAUAUACAAUAAUGAAGAGCUUGCUCUAAAAGUUGAUGAAAUGGAUCAGAAAUAUGGACUACCAGCAAACAUCAAUAAACAUUUUAUAGGAUCUAUAAUUACUAAUGCUCUUUACAUUGGUGGAAUACCAGUUACGGCUCAUAAAGGAACUUUACUAACACGAGAUCAUUUCAUCGGUUGCAUACGUAAUGUUAUGAUUGGAGGAGAGCGACGAGAUUGGACGGAUAUGUCUGAACUUCACAAUAUACAUUUGAACUCUUGUCCUGUACAAUAACAAAAGAUUAUUAAAUACUAA